UCAAGUUCUCUCAAGUUGGGGACCGUUAUCAAGGUGUAUUUACACCACUCUCAGCUUCGAAAACAAAGCGUUCAUUAUAUUUGAAUUUUAUGGAGAAUGAUCAAUAUUGAAACCGAAUGGGUGAAGUUUGACCUACUUUUUGUUGAUAUGUGAAUGAAAACGUAUAUCAGGAAAAUAUAAUUCAUUUGGACCGUUUAAAAACAUCACCAUGGAUGAUAUUUUUUCUCAAGUUAGAGAAGGCAACGCUUUCCAAGUUAGAAUAUGGUUGGAUAACACGGAAAAUGAUCUCAAUCAGGGUGAUGACCACAGAUUUAGCUUAUUACACUGGGCAAGCCGUGAAGGACGUACUAAUAUUGUGGAUAUGCUUAUCCAGCGAGGGGCUCGUAUCAAUGCUACCAACAUGGGGGAUGACACAGCACUACAUUUGGCAGCAAGUCAUGGGCACAGAGAGAUAGUUGUUAUGCUCAUCCAUAACAAGGCUAACAUCAAUGCUAUAAAUGAACAUGGAAAUACUCCACUGCAUUAUGCCUGCUUCUGGGGCCACGAUUAUGUAGCUGAGGAAUUAGUUAACAAUGGAGCCCUAGUUGGGAUGGCUAAUAAAUUUGAUGAAACCCCUUUGGAUAAAGCCAAAAAGAGACUGGCAAAUAUCCUCAAAGAUAGGGCUGUUCAACUUGGACAAGAUUUGCAGAAAAUCCCAUUCAAAGACAGGAGCUGGUUAGGAUACAAAACAAGGAGCAGAGAUGCUCUUUUAUCAAGGCACACAGGAAUAGAUAUUGAACAAUUAAGUCUGACUACGCAUAUGGCCAACACUCACUCAGGAGAGGUUUGGAGAGGACAGUGGCAGAAAAAUGAUAUUGUGGCCAAAAUUUUGUCCCUUAGAGAAUGCACCGUAAGAAACUCGAGAGAUUUUCAGGAGGAAUUUCCUAGACUCAGAAUUUUCAACCAUCCAAACAUAUUACCAGUAUUGGCAUGCUGUAACCAGCCCCCGAACCUUGUGGUCAUAAGUCAAUUUAUGCCUUAUGGAUCUCUCUUUAAUGUGUUACAUGGAGAAACUGGUAUAGUAGUGGAUCAGAACCAGGCUUUGAGAUUUGCCAUUGACAUUGCCCGUGGGAUGGAGUUUCUACACACCAUAGAACCAGCCAUCCCAAACCUGAUACUCACCAGCAAACAUGUCAUGAUUGAUGAGGACUUGGCUAAGAUAAAUAUCGAUGACCCUAAGUAUUAUACACCAGAUGCCACCAUUAAUGGAGGGAUAGACGAGGAUCUAACAGCCAGGAUCAACAUGGGGGACUAUAGAUUCUCCUUCCACGAGCGAGGCAAACUCUACUCCCCUGCCUGGAUGUCCCCAGAAGCUUUACAGAGGCGACCAGAGGACAUCAAUGUAAAGGCUGCAGACAUGUGGAGUUUUGCUGUGCUACUGUGGGAACUUGAGACUAGAGUGGUACCACAUGCUGAACUGUCACCCAUGGAAGCUGGAAUGAGAAUUGCUAUGGAGGGAUUGAGGUUGACACUACCACCUGGAAUGUCCUCUCACAUGUCCCGACUUGUUAAGAUCUGCAGCAAUGAAGAGCCAGGAAAACGACCCAAGUUUGAUAUGAUUAUUCCCAUUCUGGAAAAAUUAAAGCAGAAGUAGAGGAGACAAUUCAAACAAGGCACAGUUGAAUGGUGUUAAAGAACAUUGAGCCAUAUAUAACAUGUUAUCAAUCUAUCCUUCUUCUAACUUCACAGAGUGCCAAGUUAAAUUGUACAUGUACAUUUAAAUAUGGUAUACUACGUAUGUGUAUACAUAAAUAACACAUUAACUUACAUUUAGAGAGUGAUGAUAAGUUAAAAUUGACAAACUGUAUUUUUGUUUUUUUUUGUUUUUGCAAAUCUCAGAUUUGAUGUACCGGUUCAUAUAUGCUAUACAAGGAAAAGUGCCUUCAGCUUUUUUUCCAUGGAAGCUUUUAACCACCUUCCAAAAUUAAUUUAUAAAUAUGAUAACUGACUGCAUGAUUAUUAAUUUAUUGAGUUAUUAUGGGUUAAACAAUAUUGAUAACUUUCUGCAGUAAGUGCACUUUACAGUUUUUCAAACUGAUUAUGAACUAUUUGUAUAAAGCAUCAAGAACUUUGUGAUUUAACUUGAAGUUUCCUUCUUCUUUUUUUUUAAUGCAGUGCUCUAAAUGAAAUAUAGGACUGUGUAUGACAUUGAAUCUGGUUUACUUUAGCCACAUGCUGUGGUAUUCAUGUUUAUUUCAGUUUGUACUAGACUUUACUUAAUAAGGAGCAUACAAUGUAAAUUUUUAGAUGUUAGAUUCUUGUAUUGGUGCUACAUAUACAUGUACGUGUGUCUACAGUUUUUGUACAUAAGCUACCUUUAUUACUGCCAAUUAUUUAUAUCUGGUUUUAUAUGUAUGUCAUAGCUUUAUAUUUUAUGGUGUCAUAAUGCAUGACUUUUUUGUAUGAUGCUGAGCAAUGCUUGUGUUUUGAAUCUUGUAUAUGUAAGCAAUUUAUUAGACUAGUGUUUCUGAGUUGAAGAUUUUACGGCAUAUUAAAGAUUGUUUUUUUUUUAAAUCAAAGUAGAAAACAAAAACAAAAGAUAAAGUGCAGAUAACUUGAGUGUGAAGUUCAUGACAAAAAGUUAAUUAGUUGAUGUUAAAUAAUACUCAGACUUAUAUUGGAGGUGUCUUCAAACAAUGAGAAGUGUUUUAAAGGCACAAGUCUAUAUAGAAGUUAUAUUUUUAUCUUGGAAACUUUGUGGAACCUUUCAUCAACGGACAUCUGAUUGAGAAAUUACAAAAACUGCAUUUUAUGCAUGAACUGAUGUGAAUAAAAUUUCAAACAAAA